CCUCUUGAGUCAAAGAGAUUCGCAUUUCAUGAUUCAAGAAAAGCGAUCGGAAAGUCUCGGUCGCGGGCUAAGCCCAGUUCCGCUUUUGUUGGGAUUUCCACCACUCACUAUGACUAUCUAUUAACGAGCUAUCUAGGAAGUACUCAGGCGCCAGACAUCCAAAUCAGAGACUAUUGACAAUUAACUUUGAUCAGUUCUACUGCAGACACACCUCCACGACCUCCUUCAUCCACUUAUGCAUCCACCCCCUUAUGCAGUCGCAAGCAUACAUGAAUAACGUUAAGGAUCUCUACGGUGUGACUGAACUUCUUCCCGCCAACCAAUCAGACUGCCGGCCGUUACAAUGCUGGAAAACUUCCCGCCGACCAGAACCACCGCAAAUUCGGUAUCAUCGCCAAUCCUUCACCCAUUGCAAGCCCUUGUGCAGUCAAAACCUCAACUGGAGCUGAAACAGUCUCCCCUCUUUCCACAUCCUGGUUGAUCUCUGUUGCACAACGCCCGCCACUGCAGAGGAAAUAUUCCGAUCGACAGAGUACAUCGCUACACAGACUAACCGGGACAGCCAAUAUCAGAAGCAAACAGGCCUCUUCAAGGAAGUGGCAACUGAAACACAAAACAUAUACCCUCUGUAUACCUAGUAGACGCUAGACAGACAGACACACAUAUCUUAUCCCAAGAUACCAUGGAUUCAAUUACAAACUUCCUCGCCACCAUCGGCGAAGAAGUCGAAGAUGCAGAAGAGGAAUCCUUCCUCCUCUUCUCCCAAGACAUCCCCUCCGCCAACCUAGGCUUCGUCGACUCGCGCGCCACAACCAUCGACCUCACCAUCCACGACCAAGACUAUACCAUCCACCAAUCCCCUACUCUGUUAUCAUCUUCCAGAGCAGGCGGCACAACCGGUGCAGUCCUCUGGAAAAUCACUCCCCUCAUCGCAGAAUGGCUCUCCAACAACACCACAACCACCACCAACACCAACAAACCCAACCCCCUCUGGACACACAACAUCCUAACCCCGACCUCCACAAUCGUCGAACUCGGCAGCGGCAUCUCCGCCCUCCUGGCCCUAUCCCUCUCCCCCAAGAUAGCGCACUACAUCGCCACAGACCAGGAAUACGUGCAGAGACUAUUCCGGCAGAAUCUGGACGAGAACGCCAACACCAUCACCACUAGGGGAAGUAAGUCCAAGUCGGGGAAGAAAUCCAGCAAAGCUUCUUCAUCCUCAGCAGCACGGAGAUCUCAACAGGGAAAUGGGAAUGGAAAUAGCAGUAAUGUGGUUUUCACAUCCCUAGAUUGGGAACUAGAUGUUGCGGACUCACUUAAAGAGAGUUUGGGGCUGUGCACAGCCACCGCUAGCAGCGGUAAUGAUGGUGAAGAGGAGGAGGACGAGGACGAUAAAGGCUUCGACGUGGUUGUGUCUUGCGACUGUAUCUAUAACGAGGCGUUGGUUGCGCCGUUUGUGCGCACGUGUGCGGAUUUGUGUCGGUUGAGGCCGGUGUAUGCCCCUCCUGUUGAUGGGGAGAGGUCUAGUGGGACGGGGAGGACGCCGACGGUGUGUGUGAUUGCGCAGCAGCAGCGGUCGCCGGAGGUGUUUGAGGCGUGGUUGCGGGAGACGCUGAGGGUAUUUCGGGUGUUUCGGGUGAGUGAUGAGAUGUUGGGGGACAAGUUGAUGUCGGGGUCGGGGUAUUUGGUGCAUGUGUUGGUUUUGAGGUAGAUGUCAUCUGCGUCUAGGUUAGGACUAUGGGGAUGAUAUCUACCUGAAUAUGAAGGUGUAGGAGGAUAAAGAUGAGCUGAGUGA